GUGAGCUUCGCUUUAAGCGUUCCAACGUGAAAUCAAUAUUACAGUGGCUGGUCGUUUUCAGAGAGGCGUGUUUGCGCACGAACGUUAAAAUCGAAUAAAUAGUCGUCUGCAGGAGGACCGAAAGUAGACGUCACAAUAUACCACGACUGGUCGUGGUACGCAGCAUAACAGACAGUGGGGUGCAAGCAAGUGUCAAUUUGAUUAUUGUCAUCGUUCCCGAGAGUGUCUACUGAUAUUUGUCAAGAUCGUUUGGAAUUUCCACCGAUGAUCGACAAAUCGCGCACACGUAUUCCUGUGGGUGCCGUGAGGCGGCGAGAAAGGCCACCUCUUUAAAUUAAAAAGAAGGAAUGACGCUGGCGAAUCCGUUCUUUGUCGUCAAGGACGAAGUUUGUAAGGCCUUAAAUAAAAAUCGUGGUUUAUAUGGGCGCUGGACCGAAUUGCAAGAUGUUGUUGUUACGAGCCCGACUAAUGUCAAUGGGGGAAUUCCAAUUUCACGCGAUGAAUUAGAGUGGACUACUACCGAAUUGCGGAAAGCCUUACGCUCGAUCGAGUGGGAUCUCGAUGAUCUAGAGGACACGAUCCGUAUUUUGGAAAAAAAUCCGACGAAGUUUAAGAUAGAUAACAAAGAGUUAACGGUCCAACGAAGCUUUAUCGAACAAACGCGAGAAGAAGUUAAGAUCAUGAAGGACAAAAUGAACUUAAGCAGGGGUCGGGAUCGUGAUAACACGGCAAGACAACCUCUUUUGGACAAUAGUCCUGCAAGAGUUCCUGUCAAUCAUGGUACAACAAAGUACAGUAAACUGGAAAAUGAAAUUGACAGCCCUAACAGGCAGUUUUUAAGUGAUACGUUGCAACAGCAAAAUGACAUGAUGAGACAGCAGGAUGAACAAUUAGACAUGAUGGGAGAAAGUAUCGGCACACUUAAAACAGUGUCAAGACAAAUUAAUAAUGAACUAGAUGAGCAAGCAGUUAUGCUCGAUGAAUUUGGUAAUGAGUUGGAGGUGACGGAUUCUAAAUUGGAUGCAACAAUGAAAAAAAUGGCCAAAGUCCUUCAUAUGAGUAAUGGUAACUAUAAUAAUUACAUUCCUGCUCCUACUAGUGCAACAUCUAGUGUUUCUAAUCUUGCCUCUCAACCUUCUUCUCUAUCAGUCUUUUCAAAUGUGAUAACUAAUUGUUUCUUGUGUUCUGGGGAGUGAAUAGGUAUCAUUAUCAUACAAUUCCACUAUAAUUAUUCAGUACUCCUUCUUUAACUGUUUGCCUCUAUCUACAGUUCAUUUUACAAGUUAAUUUGGCUUCACUACUGACGCUUGAUUUCUAUAUAAUCCAAAGUUAACAUGUCUACUGAAAAAUUAUAGAACUUCCUCGUGAAUCUGAUAAUUCAUUCUGUCUCUACAAUAACAUUGCAUAUCAUAAUCACCCAUGACAAAAUUCGUUUCUUAUACACUUUUUAAACUAAUUUCAACUGAUAUUCAGCACUGUUGCACUCGUUUUCUAUUUAUUUCGUUUUAUUACUAGGUAUAUGUGUAGUAUUAUACUGAUAAGUAAUUACCUAAAAAUUGAUUUAAAAAAGGAAUUUAUAUGAUUAUUGGGAAAAAGAAGUAUCAAAGUUUCGUGUCAGCAAGGCAUAUUAAAUACUUCGUGUUUUGUUUUAACCGAGAAAUGUUUCGGAUAAAAUGUUAGUCGUAGUAAGAGACAUAAAACAAAAGAGAUGCAUACACAUUAGCAGUAGUCAUUAUCCAAGUAUUAAAAAUUUUAUGCCAUCUUCUUUAUUCUCUUAUAUGAAUAUAAAAAGUCAGAAAUUGUAUCUUGGUACAUAUUCUUAUAUAUUCUUUUAUUCUUUCUUGAUAUUAUAACGAACUCAUUUAGAGCUAUUGAAUAAUUAAAAAAUUUAUGACUUGGAAGAAUUAAGGAGCCACGUAUAUUCAAUUCGAAUAAAUGCCAAAGAUGUAGUAUAAAAAUGGACCAGUCGCAGUUACAAAGAAAUGAUUAGCUUCUGAAUUGUAUUUAAUUAAAUGAAAUGUAAUAAUGUUUUACGUAGUUCAAUAGGCACUAAAGCGUUGUAUGAAAUUAAAUAGCAAUAUCGUUGAAUUAUUGUAUAUUUAAAAUUUAUGGAGGGAUUAAAUUGAAUUGUGUAUAUAAGUACCUCAAUACACAGGAAUCUCAAAAGAAUGCCAAAUACUAUUUAUGCCAAAUACUGCAAGUGUCAGAAUAGAAAUAACUAUUUAGCACAAGUAAUUUGUGCCUGAAGAAAUUUUAAUAUAAUAGAGUUAUAGACAAGUACAUAUAUAUAUGUAUAAAUAAUAUUAGAGAAAUACUUUCAGUAUGUUUUAAAAUCUCUGAUACUUCUACUUCCAAAUGUAUACAACAUGUGAUAUUAGUAUAUUGGUCGAAGUAGAAAAACAUAGUUUAGUACACAGUAUUGUGAAGUAACAUAAAUAUUGCGAAAGUACCAGUCAGUUUAAGUGUGCAAUGGAUGUAAAUGGAAACAUACGAUUUGAAGGAACGAGGAAUAAUAAGAAAAAAAAGAAAGAAAAUGUGACAAAAGCAGAAAUAAUUAUUUGUACGUAUGGUGGUGUUGCUGAUUGAUUGUUUCUUAAUGCGAAUAACGUUGUUCAGAAAACUGUAGACAGUUCCAAACUCGAUUUUAGAAAGAUGAAACGUACUAAAAAGUAUUGAAAAUUAGAUUUUAAAACAUUUACUCCACUGUUAAUAGAGUGUUACAAAAUAUGAUAUUGUGAAUUCAUACACAAAACAGAAAUUGUUUAUACUCAUAUGUAUUUAAAAGAAAUGAAAGGAAAAAAUAUAUAAUUUAUUAUUUCUCAUAAAUGACCAAUUGUGAAGACAUACUGAUGAAUAAAAUCUACGAUUUUAUUUAUACUGUACAUGUUACUACUAAAGUACACGAGCUCCUGACCCAUUCAAAUUAUUCAAACGAUUAUAUUAUGUGUGUCCAAACGAUUAGAUUAUAUUAUGUAAGAAAUCGUUACAUAUUAAAUUCUGUGUUUGAGAGAAGACAAUUAAACUUUCUUUGAUUAAUACCAAUUCUCAACAGUUUGCUUUUUACUACGGAGUCCUUGUUUUCUCGUCUACAUAGAAAUUAGAAACUCAAUCUCUCAACCAUGGAAUAUAAUCUUUUUUUCUAUUACUCCAAUAUGUUUAUGAAUGUGUGUUUUAUAUCAUUCUUUCCUAAUUUUUGCUUUUAUAUAUGUAUGUGUAUAUGUUUAUGCGAACAUAAUUUUUAUAUACGUGUUUGUGCAACUAAAAGGAAAUGAAUACAUAUAAAAAUUAUCGUUUCGGAGCUUCUAUAAUACAGUGAAUGUUACAACUAUUGCUUGUUAUUUAUGAAUCACUUCAACUUAAAACGUGAUUUUGAAAAAAGAUACUGAGUUAGUUAACAUAUUGAUUCCUUGCACUCCAUAUUUUUAUAAAUAUUAUUGAUGCUUUUAAAGAAUUCUUUGUUAUAUUACACUUAAAGAAGUGAAUGCGUUCUUUUUAACUUGCUAAUAUUUUAAAAUAUGAGUGCAGAGUAUCAAUAACAGAAAAUCUUUAGUGUUGUUAUAAAAUGCUUGUUGAAGAGUGCAUGUUGAAACUAAUUGUACAUUGUGUUUAUCUAUUUGAAGAAGGGCCAAAUACAUAAGUAUUACUUUUUCUUAUACGAUACCCAAAAUAUGUCACUCGUUUCAUUUUACCGUCGUUUAUUAAACGGCGGUAAAAUAUCUGUUGAAUUCUUGAUGAAUUUUUUUAUAAGUGACGCAUGUGAUGUUACUU